AUGAAUAAUGACUUUCUUUCAAACCAAGGAGGGCAUGAUCUACAACAUCCUCCCGCUGUAUACAAAGAUUAUCAAGGAAAAAUACAAGAUGGUACUGAUUUGAGCCAUCCACCUUACUUAGAGAAUUUACAAGCCCACAGUGGAAUUAAACCUGGCUAUGAAGAUUGCAUCCAACAACAGUGCCCACCUCAAAUGCCAAACAUGAUUUACCAGCUCCCCCAUUAUGAUCCAAUGCCUCAAAUACAUAAUAUGCUUGGGCAUGGCUUUCAGAAUACAGCUCUUCUCCCAGCGGUCAGCCAAAAUCCCACAACAGUCAAAGAUGUGACUCUGUAUCAUAAUAUUGCUACAGAACCUAAUGGUUGCAACAUAAUGAAUUGUGGACAGCCAUUAAUUCCAACACUAAACCAAAACCAAACACCUGUCUAUGUAAACCAAGUACCUUACAACCCAAAUCAAGUUUCUCCCCAUCAAGCCGCCAGUCCUGUAAGCAUGAAUCGUCCCACUUCCCCACAGGCCAUGCUCUAUGUUGCUCAGAUGGGGCAAGUCAAGUACCCCAUGCAUGCCUACCAAAAUCCUUCACCAUCUAGGGAUGGAAACUGCACCUCUCCAAGUACCAUAUCAACAGCUUGGAACUGCACCCCUACAGGUACCAUAUCUAGCACUGGAAGCUGCACCCCUACAAGUGCAAUAUCUGUGACUGGAAGCUGCACCUCUUCAAAUACCACAUCCAGCACAGGUGGCUGCACCCCUACAAGUACCUUAUCUAGGGAUUGGAACGGCACCCCUGCAAGUAACAUAUCUGAGACUGGAAACAGCACCCCUUCAAGUACCAUAUCACAGGAAUCCACUGGAAGAGAAGACUCAGAUAUUGAGGUGAGUACUUACUAAAGCAAACUCAUGCACUGUUUUAAUAUGUGGUUCCUUUAGCCAGCUACAUGUUUGGUCCACUUUGGAAUAUUUUCUUUUUGAGCUAGUAACAUUUACAUUUAAAAUGUCUCAUGUAGUAGGAGGCCUAAAUGUUGGACAGAGUGUAUUGUUUAAUUCUGAAAAUGAAUUAAUUUAUUUAUCAACUACUAGUUCACCUUCCAUCUAAAUAUAAAAUUGUCAAAUUAUCAAUGUCCAUUUAGUGUAUCAAGGUCACUUUUUGUAAAAAGACAUUAAGGUAGAAAGUGGUGAAUAUGCAAACAUUUGGUAUGCUUGUUUUAAUGUCUACGUUUUAAUUUUACUUAUAGUAAACAUUAAGUUCUGGUGGAUUGACAAUUAAAAAAUGUAGGCCGAUAUUUGAAAAGGUGAAAAGAUAUCUCAAAUAUUUUCCAGCUUGGCACUUAGAUCCACUUGUCAAUUUAGAUCAACUCACUCUUUAUUGAAUAAAUAUAACUUUGUAUUCUAUAUGGUAUAUAGCUGUUGCAAGUGUGGAACAAAUUGGGGUAUGGCUCUCCAUCAGUAAUGUUUGUGAAGCUAGUCUAGUGAUACGUUUACCUCUUUUCUGUCAAAAUAAACUUAAAUCCAAGGUUUACUUUAUCUAUAAAUAAAAAGUGGGAACUUGAAGUUAAAUAAACCUUCUGUUAAAGUCAAUGGUAAUGUUGGCUCCAAGCAGAAGACUGUGUCUAUUUGACUGUGACUAUUGAAUCGGGGUGUAUAUGCAUCAAUGAUGGCCCCAAUUUCCCAUCCUGUAAAUGGUGUUUCUGUAUGGUUGAUAUAUAAUUGCACUCAGUACACUAGUAAAUAAAAUAUUCAUAUCACAAACUAUGACUAUGGUAGAUGUUUCCCUCGAGAUCUGGACCUUUGUAGAUGCUGUGCUCUAAACACUUUAAAAUAAUUCAAAAUGUUUUCUUUAACCCCAAGUUUAACUUGCUCCUUACAUUCACAGGAUAAAUCAAGCAUGAGUGAGCUUGAAAAAUUUGCCCAAGAUAUUAAAAGGCGGAGGUAUAAAUUGGGGUUUACCCAGGAAAACGUUGGGGACGGACUAGGAGUUUUGUACAGUAAGAUCAGACGUUACUAAGUUACUAAUGCAUUAAAGUAAAAAACAAAAAAUCAAAGAUAGAUAUAAUUAUUUAUAUUUAGUCAGUUUGUAAAAAGAAAAUAAAAAAAAAUCCACAACUAAAAAUCAACUUAUAUUUUAAUGGGAAAAUAUGGUAUUUUAAUUACAGCUAAUAUAAUUAUCAAAAAACUAUAUAAUUGAUAAAUGUAAUUUUAUUUUUAUAUAUUUAUGGGUGGAUGUCAUAUUCUAUAUAAUGUGUUUGAUAAAUACAGAAUGCACAAAGAAUCAUUUAAUGCAAAUUAAUUUGCUUUUCCAACAACGCUUUGAUACAAUGAAACGCAAUGUGGAUUUUAUUCCUGAAUUUGAUGGCAUGUAGUAGACGUUAAUCAUGAGCCCAAUGCUCAGAAAUAUGAGAUAAUGCAAGGUCAAUGAUAGAAAACUCAUGGAAACAUGCACCGGGAUACAAUAUCAUUGUUCCAAAGAAUCACGUUUGCAUAAAUUGUUCAUUGUGGCUUUUUUUAGGUUGCAGUUAUAGUGCUGUGCUGUCAACAUAUUAUUAUUAUUAUAUUAUAUAGCAUAUAUACAUAUAUGUAAAAACUGUAACACAAUAAUAAACUAAAAAGAUCAUCAAAUAAACUCUUUGCAUAUUAAUAUUAAUAUUUUCAUUGAUUUAGUGAUAAUUAAAUAUUAGAGCAUAAGAGAGUUUUAUUUAAAGCCAGAACACCUGACUAUCACAUAACUGACAAACUGUCUGCCUUGUUACAGAUAAACAUUUUAGCCAGACAACAGUUUGCAGAUUUGAAGCUUGCCAAUUGAGCCUUACUAAUAUGCGGAAACUGAAACCAGUUCUGGAGAAAUGGUUUCAUGAAGUUGAAACAAAUCCAUCUAGCCGAGCAGUAAGUAGAACAAUUCAUAAUUAUGAAAGCAUUAACAGGGACUUAUCCCCUAAAGAUUUAUUUACAUCAAGUUAAUCAUUGUCAAAAUUCCACAAUUAUGAGCGGUGGAAUUCAUUGUAUUAAAACAACUAUGACCUCAUAUCUCCCAACACUGGGAGCCAUGGGAUUGGUAAGUAGAUAUAUAGAUCCUAGUAGCAAUGUCAGGGUGAACCUGCCUGCAAAAGGGAGUGGGCUGGACCAUUAAAGCAGCGUGUCAGCAUGGGGUCAAGUACGCCAAGCUGACAGCAUCUAUGGCCAGCUGAUGGGGGUGGCAACCUUUGACAAUCCAAAUGCUAUGGACUACAUCUUCCAUGAUGCUUUGACAGAAUUAUGGCUUUAAAGGCAUUAUGGCAGAUGUAGUCCAGAGUUGCCAAAGGUUGCUAACCCUUCUAGUAGAUCAUGCAGAGAGUACUGCUAAAGCACGCUUGGCAUGAUCUUAUUGACUGCCAGAAAUCUGAAGCACAUCUAAUGGUGCUCUCUCUGUGCUACACAGGGACAGUUCCUCUUCCCAAUUGCACUUAAAACACUAGCAAAUAAAUACCACUUUCAUAUCACAAACUAUAAUUGUGUCAGAUCAUUUUCAAGAGAUCUAGGCCUUUGAAGCUGUUUGUAGCAAGACUAUAGACACAGGGAGCUACAAAGUUCACUGUUAUGUCUUUGUAGAGCUGCAGAGAUUAGUGUUAUGUCUGAUGAGAGGUACUGAGUUCAAUAUAAACAUCAUUUUUAAAAAUCAUUAAUAUGAUUAGCCUAGGGCAUGUUUGGCAUGUCAAGGAGAAGCAUAUCUUAAUUUUGCAAGGUAGGAGACGGGCACAUGGCUACAGGAGUUUAAUAAAUCACUGUUGCUAUAGUAGGUAUGAUAAAAGAAGGAAAAUAGUCCAUUGCUUUAAAAUAAGUUGUACAUGUAGCUAUGGUGCUUGGGGAGCUUUUGUGAAAUCUGUUCAUUAAAAAUGUUGGUAUUUUUUAUUUUGAAAUUUGUUAAUCAACUAGGUUGGAAAACAUGUAAUUCUGUGAUUAACAGGUUAUUCUUUGUAUUUUUUUUUUUCUUUUUGCAUCCCACUAGAUUGUUGACAGAGGAGAAAAACCGAAAAACUCUACAAAAACAAAAAGCCGUACGUUCAUUGAUGAGGAGACAAAGAAAGUAUUAGAAUUAUCUUUUACAGAGUGUGCUCAUCCCAGUAAAAGCAACAUUGAAGACAUUUCAACAACAACCAAGCUAAAAUGCAAAGUAAGUAUUGACAGUAAGAACAUUUCUAUCAACUGCUAUGACAUGAACUUUUACAGAGUUACUCACUAAAGUGAGAAUUCAGAGUGAAUUCAAUGUGAAUUUCAGAUUAAAGUGGUUCUGAUGUCUAAAGCCUGUCCCUAUAAGCUUUGCAAUGUAAACACUGCUAGCUACAGUAAAACAAGCAUGGUGUGGGAGAAACGGUCGGUAAAAUCACCUUUUAAGUGCAAAUGGAGACGGUCACCUAAAAUACCACAUGAAGAAAAUUUUAGAGUCAGGAAUACAUGUUUGUAUUCGUGACACUAGUGUUCCUUUCAGCCUAAAGCAGCCAAAAUGAAUGAAUAGCUGAAUAUUUCCAUAGCUGAUAAUUUUUCUAAUUGGGCUAUUUUGACCUUAAAUUUGACACCCACUUAGAAUUCACUUUAAAUUCUCACUUUAGUGAAUUAUACUUUGUGAAGAGAAAUCUGGUGUUUGUGUCAGCAGUCCCAAAAAUGCUAAAUAUUUAUUUAACAGCUCAGGUGUCUUUUAAUGUUUGAUAGAUAGAUGUCUAUGCCAAGAACUGAGUGUCACAGGAGAGCUAGAUAACAAAGUCAUGCAGUUGCAUUCACAGCAAUGCAACUAAUAUACAUUGCAUUUGUAUAUACUGUAGUUGCAGUGAUUACUGUUUUAGUGUGUGUUUCUAAGUUACUAAUUUGAUAUAUAUAUAUAUAGGAAUUGGGUGACUGUGUCAUUACAUUUUGAUGAGGAUGUUCUGACAAUGUGGCCACUGUAUUGGCAUCAUAGGGAAGAAUUGCCUUGACUGGCGAUGAAUUUUCCAAGGAAGGAUAAUCAUGCUGUAGACAGUUGGGAAGCCUUUCAUGGCACACUGGAGAGGAGUUGAGUACUAACAGCUAUUAAAGUGAUUACAGAUAUAAUUUAGAUUUAUAUAUUGUCUACUUUCUGAGUUAACUGUUAUAGUGACAAUCUUGUGGCAGUCACUUUAACAAUGAGUUCUAGAGAUCUAAAUAACAAUAUGUGCAAUUUGGGUAAAAGAAGACUCUAUGAUAAGGGCCAGUUGGACAUGUUUCCAAUGGAGCCAUUAAAAACCAUAAUUUUGUAAGGAGUUUUUCGCUAUUUUGGAAUAUUUGCAAUCCCCUUUUUAAUUUUGACAAAUUUCCAGUUCAAUGAAUAAUUCAAUUUGUUUUAGCUGGGAGUAGAGGUAACUGUUUUCCUGGUACAACAGCAAAUAUUUUAAUGUGUGAAUUAUACAUAUUAUAUAUUUCCCAAAUGUUUUGCUCUGCAUAAAUCAGACUUGGUAUUUGUAAAUGAUGCCUCUUUAAAUGUAAAUAAUUUGUAAAUAAUUAGACCACAUCAUAUAAAAUAAUUAGAUUCCCUCACAUAAGAUAAAUUCCUUUACUGACCAUGCAAUACUUUCAUUAUUUAUCAACAGGUUAUUAGAAACUGGUUUUGCAACCGGCGCCAGAAGGAAAAAAAAGACCUGAAGAUACACCUGAAGGAGAGGGCCAUUGCAUCUGGUAACUUUGUUCAACCCAUUCCAGCUCCUAACACCGGAAACUGUGUCAUGCCACCAAUGGCAGUACCACAACCCUAUCUAAUUAACAUGACUGGAUCAAAUCAUACACCUUUUAUGGCUACAAACAACCAAAAUGGAAAAUUCAUCCAACAUGCCAUGCAAAGGAUGCCUCCUGGAUACUAUACUCAGUAA